CGUAGCUGCUGCAGCGUUAGAGUCGUUCUGGGUUUCCUGUUUAUAGAGCGAGCUGGAGAGGGAGCUGCUUUCUCCCCCGAGUCAACGUCACUAACACAUCCUGAACUUUCUCUUCUCAGUGGGUCUGAAUGGUUUGAAAAGAGGCAAAGUGCAUGUGAAGAAACAAAAGCAGAAGCGUGAAAGCUGUGGGAACAUGCUGAAAAACAAGCAAAGAGCACAAGGCCCAACAUACAAAGCUAAUGUUGGGCCACAUGUGCUGCAUCAUUAUCAGUUCAGAGUGUUUGACAUUUUAGGACAUGCAAUUAUUUUUUUAAAAGUUAGGUGAGAGCUAAAUAAAUGAGAUGUUAACUUGUUCAUUAACGAGCCUCAGAGGUGCUGACAGACAUAGAUAGGUUAAGUGUUUCCAUCUGCUUCCAGUCUUUAUGAUAAGCUCGCUGCCUGGAAGUGGUAUCCUCAUAUUUGAAAUAUUAGAGAAGCCUAUUGAUCUUCAUGUUCAACUUGCAACAAGAUAAUAAGCGUGUGUAUUGCAUUCAGAUGGUCACGGUGUUGUACUUGUAAUUAGAAGUGCAGUACUGCAUCAAACUGUUGUAGACAGAGUGACAGUAAUUGGACAUUGCACUAAACUUAUCACGUGUCAGUAAACAAAGCGGUUCACAAAGGAGACUGAAUCUUAUCAGUGAAGAAGCACCAAAGGGGUACAAGGUUUUUUUUUAGCAAACAAGAUGCAGCAGUUUUGUUUUAAUUCAAAUACGGCCUCCAUGCAUGAGCUUGUGGGACCAAGCUGAAGGAGAGUGUCUCACCCCUCAUAUGCAACUGCGAGUGGACUUUAGAGCAGAAGUCAUGUCAGUGGGAGCUGCGACUCUUCUGCUCCUGCUCUGCUCCAUGUGUGAUUCUCUGGACGCUGACUGGGAGUUGGAAACUAAUUUUACGGACCUCAGUGAUGCAAUCGAUUACAAGGAUCCCUGCAAAGCUGCUGCCUUUCUGGGAGACAUUGCUCUGGAUGAAGAUGACCUCCGCAUGUUCAGAGAGGCCCACAGCCUCCAGACCAACCGAACACACUCAGUCAACAGUUCCACCUCCGACGGGAGCAUCAGGAGUAAAAGAGGGACAAACGGGAUUCUCCAUCGUCUGAGGAGAGCGGCCACCUCCAGACCAGAGCGAGUGUGGCCCGACGGCAUCAUACCGUAUGCGAUCAGUGGGAACUUUAGUGGCAGUCAGCGAGCCAUUUUCCGUCAGGCGAUGCGUCACUGGGAGAAACACACUUGUGUAACCUUCACUGAGAGGACGACUGAGGAGAGCUACAUCGUCUUCACCUACAGGCCGUGUGGGUGUUGCUCCUACGUGGGGAGGAGAGGCAGCGGCCCUCAGGCCAUCUCCAUAGGGAAGAACUGCGAUAAGUUUGGCAUCGUGGUGCAUGAGCUCGGCCACGUGAUCGGAUUCUGGCACGAACACACGCGUCCGGACCGUGACGAGCACGUAAGCAUCAUCAGAGACAACAUCCAGCCAGGACAGGAGUAUAACUUCCUGAAGAUGGAACCGGGCGAGGUCGACUCACUGGGGGAAGUAUACGACUUUGGCAGCAUCAUGCAUUAUGCAAGGAACACAUUUUCCAGAGGAAUCUUCUUAGACACAAUCUUGCCGCGUUAUGAUGUCAAUGGAGUCAGGCCACCGAUUGGACAGAGGACCAGGCUCAGCAAAGGGGACAUUGCACAAGCUCGCAAACUAUACAAAUGUGCAAAGUGCGGUGAGAGCCUGCAGGACAGUGCUGGAAACUUCUCCUCGCCUGGUUUCCCCAGCGGCUACUCGGCAUACGCUCACUGCGUCUGGAGGAUUUCUGUCACUCCUGGAGAGAAGAUCGUUCUGAACUUCACCUCCAUGGACCUCUUCAGGAGUCACUUGUGUUGGUACGACCACGUGGAGGUCCGAGACGGCUUCUGGAGAAAAGCUCCCCUGAAAGGUCGUUUCUGUGGAGACACACUUCCAGAUCCCAUCGUCUCCACUGACAGUCAACUGUGGAUUGAAUUCCGGAGCAGCAGCAGCUGGCUGGGCAAAGGUUUUUCAGCUGUUUAUGAAGCCAUCUGUGGGGGAGAGGUGACGCGGGACAGUGGCCAGAUCCAGUCUCCGAAUUAUCCCGAUGACUACCAGUCCAAUAAAAUGUGCGUGUGGAAAAUCAAAGUGGCAGAGGGCUUCAAUGUUGGCCUCUCUUUCCAGUCGUUUGAGACUGAGAGACACGACAGCUGUGCCUACGACUACGUGGAGGUCAGGGAUGGCGGCUCGGAGAAGAGCCGGCUGAUCGGCCACUUCUGUGGCUACGACAAACCGGACGACAUCAAGAGCAGCUCCGACCAGCUCUGGCUGAAGUUCGUGUCUGACGGUUCAGUCAACAAAGCCGGAUUUGCAGCCAACUUUUUUAAAGAGAUGGACGAGUGCUCCAGACCUGACAACGGUCACUGCGAGCAGCGGUGUCUGAACACGCUGGGCAGCUACAGGUGUGCCUGCGACCCCGGAUAUGAGCUGGCGGCCGACAGACACAGCUGUGAGACAGCUGCCUGCGGUGGGUUCAUCACCGUGCUGAACGGCUCGCUCACCACCCCCGGCUGGCCCAAAGAGUACCCACCCAACAAGAACUGUGUGUGGCAGCUGGUGGCGCCCAUCCAGUACCGCAUCACCCUGGUGUUCGACGUGUUCGAGACCGAAGGGAACGAUGUGUGUAAAUAUGAUUAUGUGGAGGUGCGCAGUGGCUUGAGCUCAGACUCAAAGCUUCAUGGGAAAUUCUGCGGAGCAGAGAAACCCGAGGUCAUCACCUCCCAACACAACAACAUGAGGAUUGAGUUCAAGUCGGACAACACCGUGUCUAAGAGGGGCUUCAAGGCUCACUUCUUCUCUGAUAUAGACGAGUGCUCCGAUGACAAUGGAGGCUGUCAGCACGAGUGCGUGAACACCUUCGGGAGCUACAGCUGCCAGUGUCGCGGGGGCUUCACGCUGCACGACAACAAACACGACUGCAAGGAAGCCGGUUGUGAUUAUGCUGUGAACAGUGCGUCGGGAAUAAUCAGCAGCCCCAACUGGCCUGACAGAUAUCCCAGCAAGAAGGCCUGCACCUGGUCUCUGUCCACAACCCCGGGCCAUCGCAUCAAACUCGUUUUCAACGAGCUCGACAUGGAGGCCCAUCUAGAGUGCGCCUACGACCAUCUGGAGAUCUUCGACGGGCGAGACGUCCGCGCCCCGAGUCUAGGACGCUUCUGCGGCACCAAGAAACCUUCUCCGGUCAUUUCUAGUGGCAACAAAAUGUUUCUGCGGUUUUCCUCAGACAACUCUGUGCAGAAAAGAGGCUUCGAGGUUUCAUACAGAGCAGGAUGUGGAGGGAGCCUGAAAGCCGAGGUCAAGACAAAAGAUCUGUUCUCUCAUGCACAGUUUGGAGAUAACAACUAUCCCAGUGGCUCUGACUGUCUGUGGGUGGUCACCGCCGAGAAGGGCUACGGAGUGGAGAUCAUCUUCCGAGUGUUCGAGAUCGAGGAGGAGGCCGAAUGCGGGUACGAUUACGUGGAGCUGUACGACGGCGCUGACAUCAAGUCUCCUCGGCUGGGACGAUACUGUGGAUCUGGGGCUCCAGAAGAGGUCUAUUCAGCUGGAGACGCCAUCAUCUUAAAGUUUCACUCGGACGACAGCAUCAACAAAAAGGGCUUUCACGUACGCUACACGAGCACCAAGUUCCAGGACACGUUACACGCGAGCAAGUGACUCUGACUGUCUGAUCCCAGCCCCAAACCAAAUCGCAGACUUCACCCCUAGCAUUUGGUCGAACACGCCCUUUUCCAGACGAGGAGUGGAUGCACGGGAUUGACACCACAAACACCAGCAGACGCAUACUUCACAUUCACGUCUGCUGGAGAGUGAAACCACGCAGAAAAAUUAUAGCUGCACAGGAGGAAAAGUUUGAAGUGACUGUUUUGAGUAAAUUCAGCCUGUAUUGAAUGAUUGUCAUAACACUGCAAAGAUAUAAAAUGUAUAUAUUGUGAUAUAGUUUGGCUUGUUGUUGUGUUUUUAUGCACUUUGUUGUAUUCUAUCUAUUUCAUUUUACUUUGCUUUAGCUUUUCAUUUUCAGAUGCAGAACAGUCCCACACAGUAUGUUUCCAGCUUCCUUUUUAAACCACUAGUUUCCAGACUACAAGUGCUGUUUUCCUCAGACUCGUGUUUUUGUGCUUUAAAUCUUUUUGCAACACACAGUCGUGCACCGUGAUAACAGAGGAAAUCAACUCCUCGAACUUGAGUCUUUCCAAUAUUUCUCAAUAUAUCUCCAUUACAUGUGUUUAUAUCCCUCAAGAGACACUCAACACCAGCUGGAAGUCGUAUUUUUGCUUAUUCUAGUUGUUUUGUUUCUUGGUUGUGGUCACAGGGGAAAGAGUUCACGCUCCUUAAGCCUCUAUUAUAAUUCCUUUCAGACGGACACCACUCACAUGUCUGCUUGGGCCCUGUGGUGCCGUAGAAGGUUCUUAGUUCGAAUCCUGGUUUGACCGGGUUCUUCCUGUGAGGAGUUUGCAUGAUCUCCCUGUGUGAACGUGGUUUUCUCUGGGUACUCCGGCUUCCUCCGUCUAAAGGCAUGCAGAUUUAGGUUAGGUUGAGACUUUACAUUGACCAGAAGUGUGAAUAUAAGUCUUAGUGGUUGUUGGUCUCUGUAUGCUGGCCCUGUGAUGUGCUGGAGACCUGUCCAGGGUGCAUUCUGCCUCUAG